AUGCUGUCCGGAGCGGGGGCCCCAGGCGCACUUCUGCUGAGGACCCAGGGCCUCCGGCACCCGAGGCACCCACAGGACAGAGACCCGGGCCGGGAAGAGCUGGGAGCAUGACAGCCGCCUGCUGGAGCCUGGGCUGGGCCGCCGCGCUGCUGCUCGCCGCCGCAGGGACUGCAGCGGAAGGCCAGUGUGAGAGGAUGGAAUUCCAGUGUGCCAAUGGGAAGUGCAUCUCCUACAACUGGGUCUGUGAUGGGCGAGCGGAGUGUGAUGAUGGCUCUGAUGAGACCCAGGAGUCCUGCAUGUCCGUCACCUGCAGGGCCCAGGACUUCAGCUGCGGGGGCAAGGUCUCCCGCUGUAUCCCAUCUUCCUGGAGGUGUGACGGGCAGGUCGACUGUCUGAAUGGCUCAGACGAGCAGGGCUGUGCCCCCCACACCUGCGCGGAGGCCGAGUUCCGCUGCGGGGACGGCAGGUGCGUGGCGCGGGGCUUCGUGUGUGACGGGGACAAGGACUGUCUGGACGGCGCGGACGAGCUGCCCGACCUGUGCCCCUCGGCCACCUGCGAGCCGGGCCACCUGCCCUGCAACGCCACCGGCUGUGUCCCCGAGCUCUGGGUCUGCGACGGCGACCCCGACUGCCAGGACGGCUCGGACGAGUGGCCCGCGCGCUGCGGCGGCCGAGACCCCCUGGCCCCGCACCGGGAAGCCCACCCCUGCGGGGCCCUGGAGUUCCACUGCGGCAGCGGCGAGUGUGUGCACGGCAGCUGGCGCUGCGACGGCGGGGUCGACUGCAAGGACAAGUCGGACGAGGAGGGCUGCGCCGCUGCCACCUGCCGGCCGGACGAAUUCCAGUGCUCGGAUGGCACCUGUAUUCACGGCAGCCGCCAGUGUGACCACCAGUAUGACUGCAGGGACCACAGCGAUGAGCAGGGCUGCGGGCCAGUCACCCCAUGCGAAGGCCCCGAGAAAUUCAGAUGUCAGAGCGGCGAGUGCAUCUCCAUGGACAAGGUGUGUGACACCGCCAGGAACUGCCAGGACUGGUCGGACGAGCCGCUCAAGGAGUGUGCGACCAACGAAUGUCUGCAGGACAACGGUGGCUGUUCCCACAUCUGUAAGGACCUCAAGAUCGGCUUUGAGUGUCAGUGUCCCCCGGGCUUUCACCUGGCAGACCAGAAGAUGUGCCAAGACACAGAUGAGUGCGCGGACGCAGACAUCUGCAGCCAGCUCUGCGUGAACCUGGUGGGCAGCUACAAGUGCGAGUGCGCCGCGGGCUUCCAGCUGGACCCCCAGAGCCAGGCCUGCAAGGCCACAGGGCCCACUGCCUACCUCCUUUUCACUAACCGGCAUGAGGUGCGUCGGAUGACGGUGGACAGCCGCGAGUACACCAGCCUCCUCGCCAACCUCAAGAACGUGGUGGCCCUGGACACCGAGGUGGCCGCCAACCGCAUCUACUGGUCUGACCUGUCCCAGCGGAAGAUCUACAGCACCCAGAUUGACCAGGCAUCCAGCUUCUCCACAUAUGACACGGUGAUCGGGGAGGACCUGCAGGCCCCCGACGGGCUGGCGGUUGACUGGGUCCACGGGCACAUCUACUGGACAGACUCGGUGCUGGGCAGCGUGUCCGUGGCAGACACCAAGGGUGCCCGGCGCAAGACCCUCUUCCGAGAGGCCAGUGCCAAGCCCCGGGCUAUCGUGGUGGAUCCCACACACGGCUUCAUGUACUGGACUGAUUGGGGAAUCCCCGCCCAGAUCCAGAAGGCUGGCAUGAACGGGGUGGACUCUUACUCUCUGGUGACCGAGGACAUCCAGUGGCCCAAUGGCAUCACCUUGGACCUUUCCGGCGGUCGCCUGUACUGGGUGGACUCCAAGCUUCAUUCCAUCUCCAGCGUGGACGUGGACGGCGGGAACCGGAGGACGGUCUUGGAGGACAAGGCCCAGCUCGCUCACCCCUUCUCCCUGGCCAUCUUUGAGGACAAGGUCUUCUGGACGGACGUCAUCAACGAGGCUAUUUUCAGUGCCAACCGCCUCACGGGCUCCGACAUUCACUUGGUGGCCGAGAAUCUCUUGUCUCCGGAAGACAUAGUUCUCUUCCACAACCUCACACAGCCCAGAGGCGUGAACUGGUGUGAGCAAAGUCCCCUCCCCAACGGCGGCUGCCAGUUCCUGUGUCUGCCAGCCCCGCAGAUCAACCCCCAGUCUCCCAAGUUCACCUGCACCUGCCCGGACGCCAUGCGGCUGGCCCAGGAUGGGAGGACCUGUCUUUCAGACACAUCACCUGUCGUGACCACCCGGGGACCCUCCACCGGCAGUAAGAUGCCCCCAGGGACCAGCUCCGCUGAGCUCACCACGGCAGAGAGUCUGACCAUGUCCUACCAAGUCCUGGGCAACGGCAGUCACUCGGAGGUGGUCCUGAGGUCGGGGAACACGGGGUCACUGUCCGUUGUCCUUCCCCUGGCCCUGCUGAUCCUGCUGGUGUUUGUGAUCUUCCUGCUUUGGCGGAACUGGCGGCUUAAAAACAUCAACACCAUCAACUUUGACAAUCCCGUGUAUCAGAAAACCACGGAGGACGAGGUCUGCAUUUGUUCCAGCCAGGACGGCUAUGCCUACCCCUCAAGACAAAUGGUCAGCCUGGAGGACGACGUGGCCUGAGGGCCCCCCCCUGGGGGGUCCUCUUCUUCCUCCUGGAACCUUCCGCCAUCCUCUGCGUCCUAAGGGAUGCCCCUGCCGCCUCCUCCAGGGAGUCCUCCGAGCCUGGCCAGGGCUGCAUGUUCAUAUAUUUAUUUGUCUGCCAGGCCUGGGGGCGGCCACCGAGCUGGAGUGGCGGGUGAAAGAAGGGAUGGAAGUUGGGGGUCCACCCUCUGCGGGUGGAUGGACGGACAGGAGUCCAGGAACUGGCGGGGGUCCCCGAGUCUGGCCGAUCACCUCCCCACACACACUCAGGAGCUUCUUGCUGGCACCCAAAAGGAGACCGUCUAACCUGGGGGUCUCCGGGCCGGGGUGCUGCCCGACCCCCCUAAUGCGGGAGGGGGCCCCGGUACAUCCCCCCAGGGAGUCUCAAUGACCCUCAAGUGCCUGACACCCCUCCCCCCAACUACUUGGCUCAGGGUUGCACGUUGGGUGAAGGGGCCUCUCGGGGCGUCAUGACUGUUAUUGUUAUUAUUUGCACUCAGAAGUUGGGAGGACUCAACUAGGCCUUGGACUUUCAGGCGUACGGUCCCGGGUUCGAUUCCCCGACACCACGUGUGCCAGAGGGAGGCUCUCCCCUCUCUCUCAAAAUUCUUUCUUUGGGGAUGGGGGGGCCAGGCGAAUUUGCUCACUGUGCAGGACAUCUGCCUUCUUCCUCUGCGCCUGGCUGAGAGUCCAUCCCCUGGUACCACCUGCAUAGACCCCAAAGUACCCGGGGAAGCUCCUUCUCUCUGUCUCUCUUCACCGACCAGACCAGAUGAUCCAUUUCCUGGGACAUGGAGAGCUGUGUUUCACAGGAAGGGGGGGUGCCCCACUGGGCCCUCCCCUUCAGAGAUGAAGCUACCGGGUUUGCCAUCCCCUAUGGGGAAGGGGGAGCACCCCACUUCUUGGGGGACCCCAGAAAGGCCGAGACCUCUCUACCUGGAGCUCCCCUUGCAGAAUCCAGGUUUUUUUUUUUUUUGGGGGGGGGCUACAUUUGCACCUUGUAGAAAUUCAAAGAAACACGUAUCCACAUGGCUGUCUGUGUAUCCCUUCCGGUGGGAGACCUAUUUAUUUUUGUCAACCCCAGGGUGGGGUCCUCGGGCUGCAUUUGAGGGGGAUCCCCUGCCCCUGGGGCAGGAAGCUGGGGGGUCUCUGUGAGCUCUGCCCCGUCGUCUCUCAGGACAUGGGUCUCUGCUGUGUAUGUGCAGCACACACACGUUUUGGGGGUUGGGGAGAGUGGGGAUCACCUGACAGAACGGACUUGGCGGCUUUGUCCCCUGAAAUAAACAGCUGCCCCCAUGA